AACGGUUUGUUUGUUUUAUUUCUGUUGUUAACCUUGAAGACCACUCACCUAUCUGUUUGUCUGCUAGUUGAAGAGAUGGAGCUGGGUAUCCCUGUCGAACAAAUUGGGACAGAACACCAGAAAAUUCCGGCACUGUUAGUAGGGAUAGAAAAGACUUUAUGCACAAUACAAUAUACAGCUAAUCAUUGCACUAUUAAAGUUGGUCUUUCCGAGCUUCAGCUGGCCCCAAAUGCGUUUUCGAUCAAUGAUAAGUGCGAUGUUCAACCUGGCUCAUCCGUAAAUGAGGAACUGCCUCAUAACUUUUCACCCAGAGAUCCGGUUGAGGUCUGGCUAGAUUCUGGUUCAACCGCAAAGAAAAAAAUUGCAACCGAUGUAGAAACGAGUAAUUAUGCGGAAACUACUUUCAAUGUCCCACCUGGGGCAUGGUGGCCUGGUCGUGUUCUUACAAUACAAGGUGGCUUCGCACAUGUUGAGGUUGCUGCCCCUUUACAGGAGUACACUGGGGUAGAAGAUAAACCAACUGCACACGCCAUACCACAUUUAAUUGGACUUGGUUCCUCAGUCUUGCCAUACCGCUCUACUCUUGUGAAGGUAACGGAAAUUCGAGUUCCAUGGAACGGAAAAUUUUUGGGUGGUCACAUGGAGGACCAAUCCCAAACGAGUGCUUUGACAUCAGGUUUUUUGAAGGACAACUUAGUCGAAUCGAAUAAUUUGUUAGUACCAGGAAUUCUUCAUCGUCAUAGUAUUUGCAUUCCAGCUUACUUGUAUCGAUUAGCAACCAAUCCAGAAUCGCAUUCAACUUUAGCUAAAUUUUGUAGUGCUCCUUGUCUCAUUCAGUGUGAUUCUGAACCAUUUCUCCCUGGGACGUUUGCGAAACUGAUACUAGGAGAUAAAGAGGGAUCAAAUGAUUCUGGACAACAUACCCCAGUUCAUGCCGAUUAUGGAUCAGUGAGCCCUUCAUUGUGUCUAUCGACCUAUACAUGGCCUUCACCCUCUCUGAUUUCACAAUCAGCUAUAAUGAAUGUUCCACAUAUCGCAGGAACGCUGAGCCCAGCUGGGAUUACUGACCCAAACAUCCUUUUGACGGGUCUACCUGGAGCUAAUGGACCUCUUGUACUGCUACAUAUCUGGUCUGGUUCUCCUGAAGCUAUUCGACGUGCGAAUUUCUUGGAAUUGGGUCACAUUCGUUUGUUAGCUGUUAGAUAUCAUUUGCUAAGGAAUUUGUCGAAGGGGGAAACUGGAGAUCUGGAGUUGUCUAACAGUGCUGAGUUAGAUGUUGAAGAUGGGGAUGCUCCUGCCAUUCAUUGUAAACCUAUCAGUAUGCCAGCAACUGCGUCAAGUGACAAACAAGCGUCUGGUGGAAUGAUUAUCGGUUAUGAAUGUCGUUUUCGAAUUUUGCCACAUUUGAUUGGUCUUGCUAUUGGACAUCGUGGUGCAACUAUUCAAGAAGCUCGAGGAAUUCCUGGAGUUCGUGCGGUCGAUCUUCUUUUUGAUGGAAUAGUCCAUGUAGAAGCUGAGACUAUUGAAGCAUGCCACUCAGUGAGGAAUCUUUUGGAUUUCACUGAAGUUGAGAUCCCUGUCCAACCGAGAUUAGCAAGUCGGUUAAUCGGAUCAAAAGGCAUGAACAUCCGAAAGUUAGCAGAAGCGGCAGGUGUUCGGAGAGCUAAGCUGUUAGAUCCUUUUGCUAGAAAACGCAAACUAAUGGCUCAGCGUCAAAACCAUUAUCCAGUACGUGUUGAUUUGGAAUGUGGUGGCUCGGUGGCAGAUGGCGUUGUUCAUGAAGAUACAUCAAACGGUGAUGAAACUGACAAUCAGAACGAAAAACUUUCUGUCAAUUUGGAUGGUUAUUUGAAUGAUAACAAGAACUCUAGUGGUAUUGUCGACUUAUCCCCUGCUUUCUCUCUUGUUGGGACACGUUCAUCUGUCGCGAAAAUGCGUUUACUGCUUGAAUUUCAAGCAGAUAAUUGGAAUGAACUGGAUGAAUUAGAAGAAGCCCGGCGAUCUUUGUUUAGUCAAUUACGUCAAACCAGUCAACUCAACCAACAAUCCGACACUCUGUCACCCACUCGCAUUUCCAAUGGCAGGUCCAAUAGAGGUGGAGGGAACUUCGGAAGAACUAGAACUGUUGGUCGCGGUCGCCGACAACCUGAAAACUUGAUUCCUGAACAAUCUUUAGGUGAUAAAGAAAUAUCUCGUCCACCCAACACACAUGACCAACAUAUGCGCGGCAGAAAUAUCCAUCAAUCAGACAUAACCAAUAAUAAUAUGAAAAAUCGUCAGUCAUCAGUGAAUGAUUCAUAUUCUGUUUAUUCUAACGGUGUAAUGUCAUCUGGUGAUCAUGGAAAUCGACUAGCUGACAACAAGAAUGAUAUUUCGGGCUCAAAUAAUAUAAACGAAGACCAAACGCCAAAACAAAACAACGGUACCUCUAGACGUGGUCAAAACCGCAACAAAGCUAGAGCAGUUUAAAGUUUGUGGAAUAAAUAAAUUUUACCAAAAGCCCCUGGUGUCCUAAUGUUGCCUUUUGUUUCAAAAAUUAACUACUGAGUUAAAGUGUGCUUUAUUAGGUUUAUCUUUUCACAAAAUAUUCAUAACCGUAAACAGUUUAGAUGGUCUUCCUCCUAGCGUUCAGCAAUAAUGCUCUUUCAUUUUCGAACUGUAUUUCAAGUAGUGACAGCACAUCACGUGUUUGUGUAGGUUUUUGCUUAGCCUUUUAAAGUGCAUUUACACGCGCGCCACCACUGUGUAAUUAAAUAUGACCUUGUUUCUCUUGCCUGUUUGUACCUUUUUACAUUGCAACCUAAUAUUGAUUGACAAAUAUCUUUCAGCUUUUCUCUGCCACCAUUCAUCGAUAGAUUUUGAUCUUUUAAAAUAAAGAUUGUUGGUUUUACUGAUUUUUUUUGUGGAGGUGGGAUAAAUCAUUUCUUCCGUAAACAUCACAAUUGUAAAUAUCGUGAAUCUGUUGCAUUUCCGAUUGAAUUAUUCCACGAUAUCAGUGGGAUAAACCAGAGUUCUGUGAAUUCCGAUAACAUCGAUACUCGAAGACGGUAACAGCUGUAAGAAUACUACGUUCAAAUUUAAGGCCGAUUUAACGUGAUUACACAUCGAUUAUUAUUUAUUAUACCCAAUUUUCCGAUUAAUAAUUUGCGUUUGGCGAAUUUGGUUAUCUCUGAAAUUUACACUAAAUACUACUUCAUACCUUUGUACCCACCUAGUGAGUUUUUAAAUGCAUUAAGAUUCAACCAUUUGUUUGUAUUUACCUAAAAUUUCUAUCCAUGCAUUGGUUUUUGUGAAUUAGCAGGUUGUGG